GGCCAAAUCAGUAGCCAACAAUACAGAGUGUGGGACCCUAAAACAGACGCCAUUUUUUCAACCAAUGACACUAUAUUUGAUGAAGAAUAUGAGGAUCCCACAACUACACCUCCACAAGCUACUGUUCCUGAAGAUCCAAGUACUCCUAAUAAAGAAGAUACAAACCAACCUGUUGAAGAUGAAGACCAGGAAAUAUGGCUUCGACCCGCCAAAGGCAUGUCCCUAGCCUAUCUCACCACUUCAACUACUCCUUCGUCUGAAGAUGACACGCCUACUUCCUAUAAGCAGGCUAUAUCUCAUCCUGAUGCCACCAAGUGGCAAGCAGCCAUGCAAAAAGAAGUCAACCAACUCAAAGAAAAAGGCUGCUGGCAACUUAUCCGCCGCUCUGACCUACCACCAGGGACCAAGGUCAUCCCUGGCCGGUGGGUAUACAAAAAGAAAGAAAUCCCUGGUACCCCUAUUACAAGGGACUACCAAGCUAAAGCUCGCUGGGUGAUCCGUGGAAAUCUACUUGACAAGGACUUCAUGGAAUCAUACGCCCCAGUGGUAGAUGAAAAUACCACUAGAACCCUUACGGCACUGGCCACUCUACUUGGCUGGCAUACUUGAAAGGCAGAUGCCAUCCUUGCUUUCCUAAAUGGAAAAAUGCCCACAGAUAAACGUGUCUUUAUGACCCAAGUUCAGGGAUUCAAAGAAGGCUCUGGAGACCUGGUUUGUGAACUCCGCCAGUCCCUCUAUGGACUGAUCCCAUCUGCCCGUAUCUGGUAUGAUACACUAAAUGCUUUCUUACGACAAAUUGGCUUCAAAAGCUCCGAAUACGACUCUGGUCUCUGGAUCCAUACCACCCGGACCCAACUCUAUGUGACUACCCAUGUGGAUGACUUCAAAGUCUAUGCUAAGCAUGAGAAUGAUGCCACUUGGUUUAUGGAGUCUCUUUCUGCUAAAUUUGACAUAAAAGAAGUUGGAAACUCUACCAAAUACCUUGGCAUGGCCACCUCUCAAUCCAAGACCACAUAUACUCUCUCCCAGGCCAAUUAUGCUGAAGACGUUGUUGCCUCUUUUGGCCAAGCACAAGCACACCCUGUUGGGAUCCCCAUGGAUCCUAGUUUAAUAAUUGAUGAUGACCCAGACCCUACAGUGAACAUCAAAGAAUAUCAACGUGGUGUAGGCUGCCUUACUUGGCUAGCCACCAAAACCUGACCUGAUCUUAGCCGGACAGUUGGCGUACUAUCCCAAUAUCACGCCAAACCUACCC